GUAUUCAGCUUUUUCUGAGGGGGUUGUUUUUUAAUUCAUUGUUAUUUUGGAGCCAGAUUUGCAUCACCAUAAAAGGUGGAUUCCCCCCUUCCUCAACUCCCUCUCCUUCGUUAAUUGCAUUUUUUAUUUUAACCAUCCGGUUUGGAAAAUGUCUUACUGUUUUUGUUGGUGGCUUCUUAUUCCCUUCCCCCCUUUUUUUUUUUUUAAAUUUUCUUUUUAAAAGAAAAAGCAUCAACAGCCACCUAAAUCGCCCUGUGUAAUUUCUCCCACUUGUUUUCUGUCUCACUAGCGAGGAGAUGUGGGAUAUUGAUAGGGGGUGUGUGGAAAAUCUGUUUUGUUGCGCACGUCUGAAUUUGUUUCAAUGAGUGAAACAUUUCUUUUCUCGCUGCUCUUGCUGCUGAGGGGGGGGGGGGAGGUGGGGUGCAGAAGAGAGCCAGGUAGGUUUGUUAUUCCAAUUCGAUCUCCUUUUCCUACCGCUUUACUUGAAGGUAAAUAAUGAGGCAGGAGAGCAUUCAAAGGUGCCGAGGAGCUGCGUGUACAAUGGGUUUAGCGGGAAGGCUGGGGGAGGAAUGGAGAGCAGAGCAGUACGAGCUUCCCUCCCUCCCCUCUUGUAUUUAUCUAUCUCUCCAUCCUGAGGAAGCUGGCGGAGAAAUCAGGCUGCAUACUGAACAGUGGCAGAAAAAAAUGAAGAGGCUGACCAUGUGGAACCGGCACUGGCCGACGAGGAUGAGAGCCUGGCAAUAGCAGACCCAGGCAGCAUCAGCAUCGCCGCAGGUGGGACAGACCCCGACUUGUUAACCUGUGGACAGUGUCAGAUGAACUUCCCGCUGGGAGACAUCUUGGUUUUUAUAGAGCACAAGAGAAAACAGUGCAAUGGCACUGGUGGUGUCUGCUAUGAAAAGAGCAUGGAUAAGAGCAGCCCUCCUCCCUCCUCACGCGCCGAGCUCAGGAAAGUGUCAGAGCCAGUGGAAAUCGGGAUCCAAGUCACACCCGAUGAAGAAGACCGUCUUCUCACGCCUACAAAAGGAAUUUGCCCCAAGCAGGAGAACAUUGCAGGGCCGUCCAGGCCUGCAAACCUGCCGGGGGCUCCCAUAGCUGCCUCCUCCCACCCUCACACAUCCGUGAUCACGUCACCUCUCCGCGCACUGGCCUCCCUCCCGCCCUGCCUUAGCCUGCCCUGCUGUGGUGCACGUGCAGUCUCAGUUGGCGGGACUCAGACUGAGAUUCAGACUGAGACGUCAGGCACAUUUGGAUGUCAUUGUCAGUUGUCAGGUAAAGAUGAGCCUUCAAGCUAUAUUUGCACAACAUGCAAGCAGCCUUUUAAUAGCGCUUGGUUCUUGCUUCAGCAUGCCCAGAACACACAUGGAUUCCGCAUCUACCUGGAAACAAGCCCUUCAAACAGUUCCCUUACUCCACGCAUCACCAUCCCUCCUCCUCUGGGACCGGAGACUGUUGCACAGUCCCCGCUGAUGAAUUUUCUUGGAGACAACAACCCUUUCAACCUUUUGCGCAUGACAGGACCCAUCUUGCGUGAACACCCUGGCUUUGGUGAAGGUCGGCUCCCAAACACGCCUCCGCUGUUCAGCCCACCGCCUCGUCAUCAUCUGGAUCCACAUCGCCUUAGUGCCGAAGAAAUGGGGUUAGUUGCCCAGCAUCCCAGUGCCUUUGACAGAGUUAUGCGUUUAAACCCCAUGGCAAUUGAGUCCCCAGCGAUGGAUUUCUCCAGAAGGCUUCGAGAGCUGGCAGGAAACAGUUCCACCCCUCCGCCAGUCUCACCCAGUCGCACCAACCCUAUGCAUCGUCUGUUGAAUCCUUUUCAGCCGAGUCCUAAAUCACCUUUUUUGAGCACCCCGCCACUGCCCCCCAUGCCCCCCAGCAGCACUACGCCUCCCCAGCCUCAGGCCAAGAGCAAGUCCUGUGAAUUUUGUGGGAAAACAUUCAAGUUCCAGAGUAACCUUAUCGUGCACCGGCGCAGUCACACAGGAGAAAAGCCCUACAAGUGUCAGCUCUGUGACCAUGCUUGCUCCCAGGCCAGCAAGCUAAAACGCCACAUGAAAACGCAUAUGCAUAAAGCUGGCUCCAUGACGGGCAGGUCAGAUGAUGGACUGUCUACCACUAGUUCCCCUGAGCCAGGCACGAGCGAGCUCACUGGAGAGGGACUGAAAUCCAGUGAGGCAGAUUUCAGGAAUGAGAGCGAUCCUUCCCUGGGCCAUGACAAUGAAGAGGAGGAAGAGGAGGAGGAGGAGGAAGAGGAGCUUGAGAAUGAGAGCCGGCCAGAGUCGAGCUUCAGUAUGGACUCAGAGCUGAGUCGUAACCGAGAAAACGGCUCCAAGUCGCUGCCAGACGAGAAAUCUCUCGUCCUGGGAAAAGUCAUUGAGAAUGUAAGUCUAGGUGCCAUUCAGCAAUAUAACGACAUGUUAGCUGAAAAACAGAAGAGGAGUAGCUUCAUGAAAAGGUCCUCUGACCAGCGAGACUUGUGUCCUCGAGACCUCUGUCAGAGAGAUCCGGGUGACGAAGACUCAGUGGUAGGAGAGCUGGACCGCACUGAGGAAGGUACGGUCAAUGGAAGAAACUUUGGCCCGGGUGAACCCUUCCCAAACUUGUUCCCCCGCAAGCCAACACCUAUCACGAGCCCCAGUUUAAACAAUUCCUCUAAAAGAAUAAAGGUAGAGAAAGAUUUGGACUUGCCACCAGCAACGAUAAUACCUUCUGAAAACGUUUACUCCCAGUGGCUGGUAGGGUAUGCAGCAUCGCGGCACUUCAUGAAGGAUCCGUUCCUCGGAUUCACAGACUCCCGACAAUCCCCCUUCGCGACCUCUUCCGAGCACUCAUCGGAGAACGGGAGCCUGCGUUUCUCCACUCCGCCGGGGGACAUGCUGGACGGGGGGCUCUCAGGGCGCAGCGGCACGGCGAGUGGAGGCAGCACCCCCCACAUCAGUGGACCCGGCCCCGGGCGACCCAGUUCGAAGGAAGGACGCAGGAGCGAUACAUGUGAGUACUGUGGCAAGGUCUUUAAGAACUGCAGCAAUUUGACGGUUCACCGUCGGAGCCACACUGGAGAGCGGCCUUACAAAUGCGAGCUCUGCAACUAUGCAUGUGCCCAGAGCAGUAAGCUGACACGCCAUAUGAAAACGCAUGGCCAGAUAGGGAAGGAGGUCUACCGCUGCGACAUUUGCCAGAUGCCCUUCAGUGUUUACAGCACCCUGGAGAAACACAUGAAAAAGUGGCAUGGAGAACAUUUGCUGACAAAUGACGUCAAAAUUGAGCAGGCAGAAAGAAGCUAAGGCCCCCCCCAUCCCCCCCCCUC